AUGCGAUACAGCGUCGAUGGGACGUGGCGGACGUCGGCGUCGGGAUCGACGUGCGAGGCGCUGAAUCCGAGCAAGGCGAACGCGCCGGCGAAUCGGUUUCAGGCGUGCACGACGAGCGAGGUGGACGAGGUGUUCGCGAAGGCGCGAGAGGCGCAGAGGACGUGGCAGAGGACGCCGUUGCACGCGAGAGCGGCGCUGUUGCAUCGAGCGGCGACGCUGAUGCGAGAGAACGCGGGAGAGAUGGCGGAGGCGUUGGUUUUGGAAGUCGCGAAGGGGGCGAAGGACGCGCGCGUGGAGGUAGAACGCUCGGCUGACUUAAUCGACUACACGGCCGAGGAGGGGGUGAGAUUGCUCGGGGAGGGGAAACUUUUGAUGAGCGAUAGUUUUCCGGGGAACGACCGCACUAAGCUGUGCAUGGCGAGCAAGGUUCCGGUGGGGAUCAUCCUGUGCAUACCGCCCUUCAACUACCCCGUGAACCUGUGCGUUUCAAAGAUCGCGCCGGCGCUCAUCGCGGGGAACACGGUGGUGGUGAAGCCACCGACGCAAGGGUGCACGGCGACUUUGCACAUGAUUCAGUGCUUCCUCAAGGCUGGAUUUCCCGCCGGGACCGUCCAGGCGGUGACUGGAAGAGGCGGGGAAAUCGGCGACUACCUCACGACGCAUCCCGAAGUCAACGCGAUUUCGUUCACGGGCGGCGAGACUGGGAUCCGCGUCGCCCAAAAGGCGGGCAUGGUGGCUUUGCAAACGGAACUAGGCGGUAAAGACGCUUGCAUCGUCUUACCCGACGCCGACUUGGACUUAGCGGCGAAGAGCAUCGUGAAGGGUGGUUUCUCGUACAGCGGCCAACGAUGUACGGCGGUGAAACUCGUCGCCGUGUUCGAAGAAGUAGCCGAUGAAUUGCUUAGCAAGGUGAACGCACAAAUCGCAAAGAUGACUGUUGGUCAACCAGAAGACGACGCCACGAUCACUGCGGUCGUGUCAAAGAGCUCAGCCGAUUUCAUUCAAUCCUUGGUCGUCGACGCAGAGAGCAAAGGCGCGAGGCUUUGCCAAGAGUGGCGGCGAGAGGACAACUUGAUCUGGCCUCUUUUGAUCGACAACGUCACGCACGAUAUGAAAAUUUGCUGGGAAGAACCGUUCGGUCCCGUGCUCCCCGUUGUGCGCGUCAAAUCUGACGCCGAAGCACUCGAACUCGUAAACAAGUCGAGAUUCGGUUUGCAAGGAUGCGUCUUCACAAAGGACAUCGACCGCGCCAUUCAGAUGGCUGACGCCAUGGAAACGGGCACGGUGCAAAUCAACGGUCCGCCGGCGCGCGGGCCCGACCAUUUUCCGUUUCAGGGCGUUAAGGACUCCGGCAUCGGCAGUCAAGGCAUCACCAAUAGCAUCAACGUCAUGACAAAGGUCAAGUCGACGGUCAUCAAUUUGUCAAAGCCGAGUUAUACCGUCGCGUAG